GAAAGACAAACAGCGCAGGGCACAAAAGCUGAUAUUCUUUAUUUUUUUCAUCUAAAGGCACAACUAACGAAGACUGGAAGGUGACUGUCAGGGGAAGAGGCAUCUCCUCAGAUCUUUCAUUUUUUCUUUGGUCUCUCACACCGAUCACAGAGUCAGAUGAGAUGAUGACCAGUGGCUACAUCUCUCUUGUUUUUCUCCUCGCCUUCGCCACUCUUGUAUUGGCAGGACCUCUGCCACCUCCUCAGGAUGCUGAUCCUAACAGUACCGACGUACGAGACUCGGCCGCUUUCGCAGUCGAGUCCUUUAAUUACUUUUCCAAAGAGGAAAACCUGUACAAAAUCGUGAAGAUAGUAAAGGUCCAAGAAGAGAUUGUUGGAGGAGCAAAGUAUAUGAUGGAGGUGAAUCUUGGACUGACGAGAUGUCUGAAAGAAGAAGACAGAAAUGUUGAGUCCUGCCCUCUAAUGGCUGAUCAGCCCAAGAUGUUGCAGUGCAACUUUGUCGUCUUGACGGUACCAUGGAGAAAUGAAAGAAGGCUUCUUCAGAGCUCAUGCAUGCCAAAGAAUUAACUGGCAGUCUUCAGCCUGUGACCGAAAUAAGUGCAGUGUGUAAGACUGGCAUAUAUACAUGCGACACAUAUUCAUUUGUCCAUAUAAUAAAUUACAAUUUCACUUUA